CCGAGCGCGGCGCUCCCGCGGCCCGGCGCGCACUGAGCGCGGGCCCGAGCUGCCGUUCGCCCGCGCCCGGGCCCUUGUUCUCCGCGCCGCCGCCGCCGCCACCGCCGCCGCCGCCGCCGCCAUGUUGGGUUUGGAGCCGCAGCGGAGCCGCCGCCGCCGCCGCGGCUGACGAGGCCGAGCGCGGAGCCCCGGGGCCGCGCCGGGGCCCAGGGAAGCGGGGCCCGUCGGAGGCCCGUCGGAGCCCGAGUCGCCCGUCCGCCGUGCCAGCGAGCGAGCGAGCGAGCCGCCGGGCCCCCGGCCGCGCCCUCUGCCGCCGGCUGGCCGAGCGAGCCGCGGAGCCCCGAGAGGCAAGCACCAUGGCGGAGCAGACCUAUUCGUGGGCCUAUUCCCUGGUGGAUUCCAGUCAAGUGUCGACAUUUCUGAUAUCCAUUCUUCUAAUAGUCUAUGGUAGUUUCAGGUCUCUUAAUAUGGACUUUGAAAACCAAGAUAAGGAGAAAGACAGUAACAGCUCCUCUGCGUCUUUCAAUGGCAACAGCACCAAUAAUAGUAUCCAAACCAUUGACUCCACCCAAGCUCUGUUCCUGCCAAUUGGAGCGUCCGUCUCUCUCCUAGUGAUGUUCUUCUUCUUCGACUCCGUUCAAGUAGUUUUCACAAUAUGUACAGCAGUUCUUGCAACGAUAGCUUUUGCUUUCCUUCUUCUCCCGAUGUGCCAGUAUUUAACAAGACCCUGUUCACCCCAGAACAAGAUUUCCUUCGGUUGCUGUGGGCGCUUCACUGCUGCGGAGCUGCUGUCCUUCUCUCUGUCUGUCAUGCUCGUCCUCAUCUGGGUUCUUACCGGCCACUGGCUCCUUAUGGACGCUCUGGCCAUGGGUCUCUGUGUUGCCAUGAUCGCCUUCGUCCGCCUGCCAAGCCUCAAGGUCUCCUGCCUGCUUCUCUCAGGGCUUCUCAUCUACGACGUCUUCUGGGUGUUCUUCUCCGCCUACAUCUUCAACAGCAAUGUCAUGGUGAAGGUGGCCACGCAGCCCGCUGACAAUCCACUUGACGUUCUGUCUCGGAAACUCCACCUCGGACCCAACGUCGGCCGUGAUGUUCCUCGCCUGUCUUUACCUGGGAAAUUGGUCUUCCCAAGCUCCACUGGCAGCCACUUCUCCAUGUUGGGCAUCGGGGACAUUGUGAUGCCCGGCCUCCUGUUGUGCUUUGUCCUUCGCUAUGACAACUACAAGAAGCAGGCCAGUGGUGACUCGUGCGGCGCCCCCGGCCCGGCUAACAUCUCGGGGCGCAUGCAGAAGGUCUCCUACUUCCACUGCACCCUCAUCGGGUACUUCGUAGGUCUGCUCACUGCGACGGUCGCAUCGCGAAUCCACCGAGCCGCCCAGCCCGCUCUCCUCUACUUGGUGCCAUUUACCUUAUUACCGCUCCUCACCAUGGCCUACUUAAAGGGUGAUUUACGAAGGAUGUGGUCUGAGCCAUUCCACUCCAAGUCCAGCAGCUCCCGGUUCCUGGAAGUAUGAUGGAUCACGAGGGAAGUGACCAGGAUGUUAUCAUCGCCCUUCUCUCUCACCUCACGGUUUUGUUUCCUCGAAAAGCUGGCCUGCCCCUCACAGGAGCAGCAGUGUGACUGGGGAGUGUCUGCAGGAGGGGCCGAGCCUGCCUGCCUGGGAACCGUUCUCUUCUGCACACUGCAGCGCGGACCCUUCCAGAAGCCACUGCCCUCCCGGGGUUUUAUGGAUCGGCACCGGACUGUUUCCUUGCGGGAGCAGCAGAGCGGACUGACUUAACAACUCCAGGCGGCCAGGACUUGUUCAGAGCAUUGAACACUAAAAGGACGGGAAAAUAGCGAACGCAAGUCUGCAGUGAACUCUCCAAAACUUUGGGACCAGUUCCUAUGGGGGACUCCAUUUCAGAGACCUGGGACAGAAGGUCUGUCCUCCUAUUCUUUUUUUUCUUUUGGAUUUAUUAAAUAUUUUCUGUGGUGUGAAGUGACUUAUUCAGUCCACAGACAUGACUUCUUACAACGUACACCUAAGAGGCUGUUGUAAUGACUGUCCAGCCGUGUUGGCAGUGAGUGUGGACACGGUUUUAUACAUACGUACAUAUAUAUAUAUACACACACGCGCACAUAGAUAGCUAUGAGUAAGCAGCCACUAACCCUGCUAAGAUCAUGCCGAGUAGCAGACAGGGCUUGCUGUGGUUUGAGCAUGCAGAGCAGUUGACUAUGGCUUCCUUGCGUGGGCUGCUGUCUCCCCCAGAGUCCCCUGCAGUUGUGAACUGUGGACGCGUUGAACCGGUAGACUCUUGAGCUCGGGGGACGCCACUUCUUUUGAUCAGUGUAGCGAAUUAGGGAUGAAAAAGUUUGGACUUUUUGACCCUCUUCUUUUUACAGGCUUCUCCCUCGAAGUUUUUAGUAAUCGCCUCUGAACCAGUGCAUGUAUUAUAGCCGCCAGGUGUCUGUGCUUUCUGAUCAUAGUAAUGUACUACCUGUAAAUACAUUUUUCUAUUUUCUA